CGAGCCCGGCGGGGCCGCAAGCUCCGCCCUGCUCUGCUCCGCCCCGCCCCUCUUGGGCUCGCGGGGAAGGCCUCCGCGGGGGAUAUGUCGUAGCCCACUCAGCGAAGGCAAGAGAACUUGAAAGGCUGCGGGGCUGCCAGAGAAAGAAAUGUCAUCAGUGGAAUCACACGAGGAACAAUUGUCCCAAUCAGAUCCAUCCUCGUCACCAAACUCAUGUAGUUCCUUUGAGCUGAUAGACAUGGAUGCUGGCAGUUUGUACGAACCCGUUUCUCCUCAUUGGUUUUAUUGUAAGAUAAUAGAUUCUAAGGAGACAUGGAUUCCUUUCAACUCUCAGGAUUCACAGCAGCUGGAAGAGGCAUACAGCUCUGGAAAAGACUGUGAUAGGAGAGUUGUGCCCACUGAUGGGGGCAGAUACGAUGUUCAUUUGGGGGAGAGGAUGCGGUACGCCGUAUACUGGGAUGAGCUAGCAUCGGAAGUGAGGCGCUGUACCUGGUUUUACAAGGGAGACAAAGAUAAUAAGUAUGUUCCGUACUCAGAGAGCUUCAGCCAAGUGUUAGAGGAAACUUACAUGCUUGCUGUAACUCUGGAUGAAUGGAAAAAGAAACUGGAGUCUCCCAACAGAGAAGUUAUUAUAUUGCACAAUCCAAAGCUUAUGGUACAUUACCAGCCAGUCGCGGGGUCUGAUGAAUGGGGUUCAACACCCACUGAGCAGGGCCGACCUCGAACAGUGAAGAGAGGGGUUGAGAACAUCUCUGUUGACAUUCAUUGUGGGGAACCUUUACAGAUAGAUCACUUGGUUUUUGUAGUCCAUGGGAUCGGACCAGCCUGUGAUCUCCGCUUUCGAAGCAUUGUACAGUGUGUUAACGAUUUUCGCAGUGUUUCUUUGAACCUGCUACAGACGCAUUUUAAGAAAGCCCAAGAAAAUCAGCAGAUUGGGAGGGUAGAAUUUCUCCCAGUCAACUGGCACAGUCCUUUGCAUUCCACUGGUGUGGAUGUAGAUCUGCAGCGAAUAACUCUGCCCAGCAUUAACCGCCUAAGGCACUUCACCAAUGAUACAAUUCUGGAUGUCUUCUUCUACAACAGCCCCACCUACUGUCAGACUAUUGUGGACACAGUUGCUUCUGAAAUGAACCGAUUAUAUGUACUUUUUCUGCAGAGGAACCCUAAUUUCAAAGGGGGCGUAUCCAUCGCUGGUCAUAGUUUAGGUUCACUUAUAUUGUUCGAUAUCCUAACAAAUCAGAAAGAUUCUUUGGGGGAUGUUGACAGUAAAAAGGAUUUGCCAAGUAUUUUCAUGGAUCAAGGAGACACACCGACACUGGAGGAAGAUUUGAAGAAACUUCAACUCUCUGAAUUCUUUAGUAUCUUUGAGAAGGAGAAAGUAGAUAAGGAAGCUCUGGCUUUAUGUACAGACAAAGAUCUUCAGGAAAUGGGAAUUCCCUUAGGACCAAGAAAGAAGAUACUAAACUACUUAAGGAUCAGAAAAAAUUCAGUGGGAAUUAAUAGACCAACCCCGAAAUCACCUGCAGGGGCGAAUAUGUCUAACAUCCCCAAAGAAUCGGAGUUCUGCAGUAGUACUAAUGGUACUGGAAAUGAUGAACAUCUGGAUGUUGGCAUUGGGCAGGUGCCUGUAAAAUACCCCCGGCUCAUCUAUAAACCAGAAAUAUUCUUUGCCUUUGGAUCUCCCAUUGGAAUGUUCCUUACUGUCCGAGGCCUAAAAAGAAUUGACCCCAACUACAAAUUUCCAACAUGCAAAGGUUUCUUCAAUAUUUAUCACCCUUUUGAUCCUGUGGCCUAUAGAAUUGAACCAAUGGUGGUCCCAGGAGUAGAAUUUGAGCCAAUGCUGAUCCCGCAUCAUAAAGGCAGAAAGCGGAUGCACUUAGAACUGAGAGAGGGCUUGACCAGGAUGAGCAUGGACCUUAAGAACAACUUGCUAGGUUCGCUGCGGAUGGCCUGGAAGUCUUUUACCAGAGCUCCAUACCCUGCCUUACAAGCUUCAGAAACUGCAGAAGAAACUGAAGUAGAACCUGAAUCAAGUUCAGAGAAGCCUAGUGAUGUUAGCACAGAAGAGAACCUUGUAGCAGUUAAACAAGAAGCCCCCCCCAUCCAUGUGGGAAUGCUGAAUGGAGGCCAGCGCAUCGACUAUGUGCUACAGGAGAAGCCCAUUGAAAGUUUUAAUGAAUAUUUAUUUGCUUUACAAAGUCAUCUAUGCUACUGGGAGUCUGAAGAUACAGUAUUGCUGGUCCUCAAAGAAAUCUACCAAACCCAGGGUAUCUUCCUUGAUCAGCCUUUACAGUAAACAUGAACCACCCAUGGCUGCUUAAUACGGACACUGAGGGAUCCUUCCCCAGAAAACCUGCCUCUUUGUUGCUGCAGUUUUCCUCUCCUCAGCUGUGACAUUUCCUGCAGGUUGCCUGCCACUUACUCACCACUGGGGUCUUUGGAAGAUAAUCUUCCUCUCUGGAAGUGAGUGGAAAAGCAAAGGGAAGACCCUAUUACUUUUUACCACUGGCUUCAAAGAAACACUUGCCAUUCUUUCGUCAUAGCUGGGAGUGGUUUGCAUCUUUAAUACUUUGAUGAUGGUAUUUAGGUACCACACUUUAUUGCUUAUUACUUGAGAUGGUAUAACGUCUGUUUGAGUUUUUGUUUUGGGUUGGGUAUAAAUUUUUCUAAGAAAUUACUGCUUAUCUUUAGAAAAUAUUCUAAUCUGGAAGCGGACUCCCGAGAUUCAGAAGGCAUUUUGGGGUCUGCUCAUCGCUCAUGGGUGUUCUCUGCAUUUGAAGGCCAAGUCUAAGUGGAUGAGGGAGACCGGUGGCCAUCAGACUCUUUUGAGCCAGCUUUUAUUUCCUACACGUACUGUAUGAAGAAAGACUAAAAUUUGUAAAUACUGUUUACUCUCUCUACAGCUGACUGACAGAUUUAUUGCUAGGAAUCACUGAGCUGUUCAUUGUUUCCACAGCUGUUUGAGCUGCUCUCGGUGGACAGUCUGAAGUGGACAGUUUAGUUCACAUCAGGUGCAUCUUUAUAAAGCAAAGAGAUAUUAUAUAUCCUAGACCUGCCCUUUUAUAUCAUAUCAUACUUCAAACUGGGAGACUCUAGACAAAGUCCGACUUAGUUGUUGGUUCUUAAGUUGAGGGUUAUAAAAGCUGACAGACCUGAAAUUACACAGCUUUGACUGCUUAUUAAGUGAUGAAUAAAAUGUUUUAGUGGUACAUUGAUGGUGAAAUAGAAUUUGUGUAAGCCAUCUGCCACAGCUGCUUGGGUGCAGGGAGUAUUGAAGAGUGUCCUCUUCAAGCACAUAAACAGCAUUGCCUUCUUAGGUACCUGUAGUGCAGGACGCUGCGGGACAGGCUCCCGGCACAGGCAGUGUUGGUAGAUCUGGCUAGGGGGAAGUGUUCCUUAUUCUGAAAGACAAACCUGCGUCUGUGGGGCCAGGAACAGCUGUUGCAGAGUCAGUGUCAGAGCGUGCAAGUGAGAUGCACCUUGAAGAAGACGGGUGAAUGGAGACUAAUUGUUUCCAAGGCAUCUUGCUCACCACUGUGCUGCAGGUAUUUUCUUUCUCACAGGUCUCAGCGUGUGAUUGUCUUUGCAGUUCUCUUUGUGACAGUCCUUCACACUCCUUUCAGGUUCCUACAGGCCCUGGUGGACAGAGCGGUGUAGACAGGCAAGCUGUGUUUCGUUUUUUGUAUCGGUUUCUUGUAAGUAAAUGUAUCAUGGUAUCCAAAGUCCUGGAAUUUAACAUUCACAUAAGCCAUCUCUUUGACGGCAGAGGGAAGGUUAAUUACUGUCACCCUAGAGUGAAGGUUGGGGUAAAGGUGAGAGCCUGGCCUUUCCUUGUCCAUCUGCUUACAGACUAAUGCUAAGCCACUAAGAAGUCUCAUCUCUAUGAAAUACUUUAUUUUCUUUACUACAUAAACUCUGAGUCUGAAGUAAGGGUUACUGAGAAUUCAGUAGCAUUCAGUACAUAUUGAAGGGGAAGCUUUCAUCAAGUUGUUGUCUUCAAAUUUAAAUUUGGUCUUCCUAUUAACAGAAUAACUAAAAUUUAAGAGUAAACCAAAGGACCAGCAAGAGUGAGUCCCUGUAACCAAAGAUGAACAGGAUCAACCUGGAUGGCUAGAUAAACCACUGUUUGUACUAAGACGUGUUUCCUUCCUGGUGAUGAGGGGCAGGUGACUGGAAAAGAGCUUUAUAUCCUGUUUGUCCCCCUGUGCUGGUAUCACGGAUGUAUAUUCCACAGGGUAAUAAGCUUGACUUGAGUUCCUUGUUUAGUUGUAUAUUAUUUGCACUACUUCAGUUGUUAUCAUGUGCAAUCUCUUAACCAAGCCUAUUUUUAAAUGCUGGUAGAGUAUCAUUUUAUACAUACUCCCAGCUGCAGAAUUGGUAUUGCUUAUCUCAGCAAAAGAGAUUGUUUGCAUGGAAAGAUUAAUAGCACUGAUUAGCUUUCUGAUAUUUUGCACUUUUUGAAAUGUUUUUUAUGUGAUUUUAUUUAAAACUUUAGUAAAUACUGAAAUAAAACCAUAUUGACCAGUUG